UUCCUCCUGUUGUUUGUUAUCUUGGACGCGGAAGUCAGCACGAGCGCUGCGUUCUGAGCUAAACCGAGAUCAAAAUCAGGACAAAUCAAUUCUCUGGACUAUAAAAUAUAAUUCAUCUCUUUGUGGAAUCCACCAGAACCAGAGAGCCAUCAUGCCGACCAUGGAACAACAUUUGUUUAACCUGAAGUUUGCAGCCAAAGAGUUGCAGCGAAACGCAAAGAAAUGCGACAAGGAAGAGAAAGCAGAGAAGGCCAAAGUGAAAAAGGCCAUCCAAAAAGGUAACACGGAGGUAGCGCGGAUCCACGCCGAGAACGCCAUCAGACAGAAGACCCAAUCCGUGAACUUCCUGAGAAUGAGCGCUAGAGUGGACGCAGUGGCGGCAAGAGUGCAGACUGCCGUCACCAUGAACAAGGUCACUAAAUCCAUGGCAGGAGUCGUAAAGGGGAUGGACGCGACCCUGAAGAGCAUGAAUCUGGAGAAGAUUUCAGCUCUGAUGGACAAAUUUGAGCACCAGUUCGAAACUCUGGACGUUCAGACACAACAUAUGGAGGACUCAAUGAGCAGCACGACAACACUUACAACUCCACAAAACCAGGUGGACAGUCUGAUGCAGGAGAUGGCAGAUGAAGCAGGGUUGGACCUCAACAUGGAACUUCCACAGGGACAGACAGGAACACUGGCCAGCAGUGUAGCAUCUACAGAACAGGAUGAACUCUCUCAGAGGCUGGCUAAGCUUAGAGAUCAGGUCUGAGUGGAUAGACCCGUGUGUGUGUGUGUGUGUGUGUGUGUGUGUGAGUGAGAGAUAAAGAGAUUAUCGUAUUAUCAUCAUCAUACUCCAUGUUGUGACUCUCUGAUGUCCUGAAGCCCUGCUGCCCGGACCACGUCCUGUACAGAUUUCCACACGCCUUGGUUCGCUCUCCCCAGACGUGGGCUCCAGGGGGAGGAGUGUGUGUUGUUGUGUGUGUGUGUGUGUGGUGUUGUGUAUCUUAUUCAGAGCUUCAUUCUGCAGCUUCCACCGGUCCUGUCAGCUCGAGCAAACUCCUGACAAAAGAAACUCUGAAAUAAAAGUAGAUCCUUCGCUGCCAUGUCCCCUGAAGCAGAGAAUCACCUAAACAUAAACCACAUAAACACUAUGACGGAACACGUGUACAUAUAUAUUUACUGUCCUGUCGUAUCGCUCUACAGGAACGCUAUAACCGUCUCGAUUUAUAACACUGUAAUAAAUACUGACACAGACACUGUGCUGCCUGUAAAUGCUCAUUUGGUUCAUCCACUCAUCAGUUACCGCUUAAGGAAAAAAAAAAGCCUCAAUUUUAGACUUUAGAACAUUUAUUCCAUUAUUAUUAUUCAUUUAGAACAUAAUUCCGGGUGGUGAAAAUGCAUCAGAAUUUAAAUGACAGAAGAUCAUAACAUUUAUGCUCAAUGUGUUCUUUUCUUUCUUUUCCUUUUGACCUGAAUCUCUACAGCGAACAGUAAAGAAGACGAAGCUUUAAGGCGUCUAUUUAUUUUCAUUUGUUCUUCUGUGUUCGCCACAUGAGACUGUUUGUUUGUUUGUUUGUUGGGGGAUUAUGAUUGUCUACAGAUUAUAAAAGCAUAAAUAAAUAUUUUAUAAUCGUUAUUCCA